CUUUCCAUCGUCUAAACUCUAACGCGAAGCAGUCAUCUGAAACCAAAGUUUUGGAGAGAGAGAGAGUAGAGAUGAGGUUGUUCGAUCCAUGGCCAGUGUUCUUCAAGAGGGAGUGGAAACGUUGUUGGCCGUUUCUCACCGGAUUCGCCGUAACCGGCGUCCUCAUCACCAAGCUC